AUCAACGACUUGUAAGAAAGAAAGAAAGUGAAUCAGAAGAGUUUGCAGAAACAAGUAAAAACUUACAUUUAAUUUUCACAACCUCCAAUACCAACCUACUAUUCUCCCAUCACACCCUCUUACCCAUUUUCCCAAGCAAUUCUCCUCAUAUCUUCCUCAAUACUCAACUCAAACCCUAGAAAAUUCUUUAAGAUAAAUACCCUCAAAAUAAUAUUACUAAUAUCAUCUUUCUCAGUAUAGUUCUCUUAUUCUCUACAUGGGUUCAUCCAAAAAGAAACCUUGGUAAGUCCCAAAAAAAAAAAAAAAAAAAGUUGUAGCUUUUCUAGUUCAAGUUAAGCCAAAAUCAAGAAAUGGGUAAUUUAUCAGCUUUCAGGUACCUUAUAGUGCUAGUGUUUUACUUUUGUUUUUACUUGGGAAGUAUUCAAUCUGAGGAACAAGAUUUGUCAUUUGAUUUUGAGAAUUUUGGUGAAGAUUCAAACUUUGAGUCUCAGUUUGCACUUUAUGGUGAUGCUAAGGUCGUUAAUGGUGGUGGUAUACAAAUGAGUGGUUCAAUGGGUUUUAGUGCUGGAAGAAUCUUGAAUAAAAACCCUAUUAAGCUAGUUGAGAAAAGUCCAAGAAAAAUGGUGUCUUUUUCAAUGCAUUUUGAGUUUUCAUUGUCAAGUGAAAAUGGGGAUGGAUUUGCUUUUGUGAUGGUACCUAUUGGUUAUCCUUUUGAUGAGUUCGAUGGUGGGUCGUUUGGGCUAUUGGGUGUCAGAAAAAUGAAGUUUCUUGCAGUAGAAUUUGAUACAUUUAUGGAUGAGAAAUAUGGUGAUGUGAAUGGAAACCAUGUUGGUGUUGAUUUAAGCAGCUUUGUGUCUGUUAAAGUGAGCAAUGUUAGUUUGGGGUUGAUGAAUAGUGGUGAAAAGAUUCAAUCUUGGAUUGAUUAUGAAGCAAGUUCAAAGAGAUUAGAAGUGAGAUUAAGCAAAUUAGGUGAAAUUAAGCCAGUUAAUCCAUUGCUUUCUUGCUUUAUUGACUUGUCAAGAAUAUUUAAAGAGGAUGAAUUGUUUGUGGGGUUAAGUUCUUCAACUGGGAAUUCCACUCAAAAAUGCAAUAUCUACUCAUGGAGUUUUAAGACAAGAACUGCACCACACUGGAUGCAUUCUGAGCCAUUGGAUCCACAAUCAUUUGGAGAGGAAAAAAAAGAAGAAAUGAAAUUACAUAGCAAAAGUGAUUGUGCUUUGAGAAUUCUUGGUGCUUUGUUAUUUGGUACUGGCUGUGGUGCAUUAGGUGCAUUCAUUGUGGUAAUUGUGUGGACCUUAUUAGGUAGUAGAAGGCCAGUGGCACCAGAGGAUUCUGCUGAAGUAAUGGAACAUAAUAGUAAGGAAUUUGAUGAGUACAAAAAGUUCAAAGUAGUUGUUGUAGAUAAUGCCAUCAAAGAUGGUAAGAGUAAGAAUUAGGUACUUUAAGAAUUAGGUACUUGACUUUGGGAGUUUGGUUUGGUUGGUUAAUUGUCUGUAAUUAAGUUUUGUGCUAUUGUUCUUGUUUUGUUAUGUAGCUGUAAUUUAAUGAUCAACCGUCCAAAGUGUGAUUCUGCUAACUAUUGCUCAAAUGGUAUGGUCAUUAAAAUACAGCUUCAGAUUGGUGGACGAAAGUGUUAGUAGUUUAUAGUUUUUCAAGGUUUUUAUUGAUUUUGGUGUUAUCAA